AACAAUGACAUGCUUUGACAAAUACAGAUGCCAAAAAGCCAAACAGAAACCGUGGCCUUCUUUUCUUUCUACUCCAACACAGUGAAAUGGUGCUCUUACAGUUUUGUUAUUGACUCUUACUGGAAAAAACAAACUUCUGACUGGACCUUUUGUUCCCCAAACCUCUCCCAGUGUUGCUAUGGAUGCUUGACACAGAGACACCAUGUAGUAGGCCCUGAAUUGUUGUCAUAACUAAGUUGCAAUGGUUUUAUAUACUUCCCCAUUUCCCAACAGCUUUCUGUCAGUUCUGCAUUCCUUUUCCUGGGGCCUAAUUUUCCCAUGUUACUGGUUUGCAGAUAGGCUUGUGGCCUCUUUAGUUCCAACUACCUAUGAAAAACGUCAAAGAGCAGACGAUCCAUGCUAUUUCCAUGCACUCUGCAUCAUUAUCACCACUCCCAUCUACCUGGCGCUGCUGGUGGCCUCUCUUCCUUUUGCUCUGAUAGGCUUCUUGUUAUGGUCCCCUCUCCAGUCAGCCAGAAGGCCAUAUAUCUACUCCAGACUAAAAGACAAGAGCCAUGCCAACGGAGCCGCGCUGCUCAGUGAGUGGAAGGCUGCAGGGAAUGGGAAAAGCUUUUGCUUUGGCAGUGCCAAUGUUUGCCUGCUGCCAGAUUCUCUGGCGAGAUUUAAUAAUGUUUUCAACACACAGGCUAGGGCUAAAGAGAUUGGCCGGAGGAUCCGAAAUGGGGCAAGCAGACCACAGAUCAAGAUAUAUAUAGAUUCUCCUACCAACACAUCCAUAAGUGCAGCGAGUUUCAGCAGCCUGGUGUCCCCCCAGGGUGGAGAUAGCACUAACCGCACUGUUAACACCGGCAUGAAAAGGACAACAUCAAUGGAGUACAAAGGAGACAAUUCUGGCUCCAACAACAGUGAGGAUGGUAGGGAUGAUAAAGCUGGAUCUGGAGAGCCAAAUGAAGGAGAGGAAAAUACUUGCAUUGUCCGCAUAAAUGGAGAGGACAACGGCCACAUGUCAGACAUAGAAACAGACAUUGUCAAUGGCCAGGCUAAUGCUAGCGGCACAGCAGAACACUCGCUGGAAGGCGACACGGAGAUCUCAAAAACGCCUAACCACAAACAGAAGGAUGGAGAUUCUGGCAGUUUAGACAGCUACUCUGCCUCAAGAGAGUCACUAGUUAAGGUUCGUGUUGGAGAUGGGACGGUGGACCAAAGCACUGUUAACAACAAGCUCCUCUAUAAAGCUUCAAUCAUGAAGAAGACUUCAGUACGGAAAAAGAAACAUAUGGAUGAGACCUUUGAUCAUGAGAUCUCUGCUUUCUUCCCUGCCAACUUGGACUUUCUGUGUUUGCAGGAAGUGUUUGACAAAAGAGCUGCAGAGAAAUUGAAAGAGCAGCUUCAUCACUAUUUUGAAUACAUUGUCUAUGAUGUUGGGGUCUACGGUUGCCAUGCCUGCUGUAGCUUUAAGUUUGUGAACAGUGGUCUGCUUUUUGCCAGCCGCUAUCCUGUUAUGGAUGCUGCCUAUCACUGUUAUCCCAAUGGAAGAGGAACGGACUCCUUGGCUUCCAAGGGAGCCUUGUUUCUCAAGGUGCAAGUGGGAAGUACACCUCAGGACCAAAGAAUUGUGGGAUACAUUUCCUGCACUCACUUGCAAGCUAUUGCAGGAGACACUACUGUUCGAUGUGAGCAACUGGAUAUGCUUCAAGAUUGGCUGUCUGAAUUCAGAAAAUCUACCUCCUCCUCCAGCACAGCCAAUCCAGAGGAGCUGGUGGCUUUUGAUGUAAUUUGCGGAGAUCUCAACUUCGAUAACUGCUCCUCUGAGGACAAGCUGGAGCAACAGCAUUCUCUGUUUACACACUACAAAGACCCAUGUCGAAUUGGUCCAGGGGAGGAUAAACCAUGGGCAAUAGGUACCUUGCUGGAUCCUGAAGGAUUAUAUGAUGAAGAAGUGUUCACUCCAGACAACCUACAGAAGGUGCUGGAAAGUGAAGAUGGAAGGAAAGGAUACUUAGUCUAUCCCACCAGCAAGAACCAUGGUUCCAGUCAAAAGGGGAGGAAGGCAUCAUUGAAAGGAAACGGCAGGAGGAUUGACUACAUGCUUUAUACAGAAGAAGGUCUCUACCUGGAAUGGAAAGUGGAAGUAGAAGAGUUCAGCUUUAUUACCCAGCUAGCAGGCUUGACAGAUCACCUACCAGUAGCAAUGCGUCUCAUGGUGUCUACAGGAGAAGAUGACCCUUAAAACUUACCAGCUUGGAGAGAUUAGAAGAAGGAAAUGUUAACGAUAUUAAGAAAAUAUCACAAGAUUGGAAUGAACUAUUCUGGUGCCACGUUAGGAAAAAUGACCAGACCUGACCCAGGCUACUCCCCAGAACGUACCAACAAUGGAGUAUAAAAAAAGGGAAGAAAUUGAAGGCUGUGGCCAAAAGCCACUGUCACAAGUUGCUCAGGCAACAGGGCAGGCCUGUACUACAAUGUUUUCACUGUGGACCGAAUGGAACUAAGAUGGAAGUCCUAACUCCUUCUGAACCAGUGCCAUUCUUACUAAAACAUGUUUUUAUACUAAUAUAUAGCACAAUUUAGUUUG